GACUAACCGGAACCAGCCCGUUGUGAUAGUCUAUUUAAAUAUCUUUACAAAUCACACACAAAAAAAUAUAAUUCCCGUUAAAAAUGAAUCGGAUUUUUGGUCGUAGCAAGCAGACGCCUCCUCCUAACCUGUCAGACUGCAUAGGCAAUGUGGACACGAGGAUCGAGUCAGUCGAUAAGAAAAUAGCACGAAUCGACGCGGAGCUAAUGAAGUAUAAGGACCAGAUGAAAAAGAUGAGGGAUGGACCUGCAAAAAAUACAGUGAAACAGAAGGCGAUGAGAGUACUGAAACAAAAGAGAUUGUAUGAGGGCCAAAGAGAUCAGCUUGCCCAGCAGUCAUUUAAUAUGGAACAAGCCAACUACACAAUACAGUCUUUAAGGGAUACAAAAACAACAGUUGAAGCAAUGAAAAUUGGAGCAAAGGAAAUGAAGAAAGCAUAUAAACAAGUGAAGAUGGAUCAGAUUGAAGAUCUACAGGAUCAACUGGAGGACAUGAUGGAAGAGGCCAAUGAGGUACAGGAAGCUAUGAGUCGCAGCUAUGGCACACCAGAGAUUGAUGAGGAUGAACUUGAAGCAGAAUUAGAUGCUCUUGGGGAUGAGCUGUUGCUGGAUGAUGACAGCUCUUAUCUGGAUGAGGCCUCAUCAGCACCCUCCAUUCCUGAAGGAGUGCCAAGUGACACUAAAACUAAUAAGGAUGGAGUUCUGGUUGAUGAGUUUGGCCUACCACAGAUCCCUGCAACAUAAAGAAGGAUAAACACAAGAACCUGUUCUGUGAUCAGUGUUUCGUUUACAAGUGAUGGAGAAAGUUUUUCCCUAAAAAACUGUCUUUGCUAGUAUACUGAAGGUGUUUUGUUGAAUUUACUGGCCAGUCUAACACGUGACAUUGUAAAUAACUCUUUCUGUUAGUUUUGUUAGUCAUUGUUUUCUCACUUCGUUCGAUAUGGCAUGCAGCUGCUGUCUUCAGAUUAUACCGACUUUAUAACAAUAAGUGACAUUAAUGGGAUUGGCAGCAGAAAACAAUAAGUCAGAAAUGUAAAAACCUGGUUUGAUAGGCUGAAGUGAAAUCUGGAUCAACCCAGUUGGCACUCACACUAAGCUAAUAGGCUUUAUGCCCAGCUGUACUACUUCCUGAACUUCAGCCAGCUCCUUGUUUCCUGUCUGCCAUCAUUGGACAAACUGAUUAAUCCAGAUGUGUCUGAUUAUUUUAAUAUUGAUUUUACAUGUGCCUGUCACCCAUUUAAACAGCAAAUAGAUCAACUGGUAAAUAUUUUUGAACUGUAAAUCCAGUCUAAAUGGGGCAAGUGUACAUUUUAGCAAAACUUUAACAUGGCCUUGGUAUGUUUUUGCUUAAAUAUUUUAAUAAUAACUUAAAAACCUGUUAUAUGAAAUGUAAACAUUUGAAAUGUGUCAAAUAAUAAUGUAAAUUGCAUCACUAACAGACUUUAAAGAGAUUCAAUAAAUGGUACUGGAAAAAACUGAAAUAAA